AUAUAUUCAAGAUCUGGCAUCAUCGGGAAUUAAUUUCAUUUAUUUUUUUUGUUGUUUCCCCAAUUGUGUUUGUGUUUUUCUAUCCGUUAACUUGUGCGCCUCCAAGCCGCAAAAAAUGUGCUGACCAGUGCCUUGGGGCAGUCAGAGCCAGAGCCAUCGAGAAUUCCGAAAUUCCGAAUCGCAUCCGCUGCGCCAUGCGUGUGUGUAGGUGAUUGCGGUGGUUGUGUGUGUGUGUUUGUGCGUCUGCGAGAGAGCUGGAGAGACAUUGUCGGGUCGUCGGGCAAAAGGGCGGUAAAAGAAAAGUCAACAAACUGCAAGGGGAACGGGAAAGCGAACGCGAACGGGGCUACGGAACGAGUAAAAACUAUUAAACGCCGUGCAGUAGCAGCAGCAGCUAAUUUCCCUGCAAAAUGUUCACCAAGAAGAAGAAGAAACCUCUGAUCUCGAUGCCCAGCAAUUUUGAGCAUCGCGUGCACACGGGAUUCGAUAAGCGGGAGAACAAAUAUGUCGGCCUCCCACUCCAGUGGGCCUCCAUUGUGGGCAACAAUCAGAUCCUCAAGUCCACCAAUCGGCCCCUGCCCCUGGUCGAUCCUUCCGAGAUCACGCCCACAGAAAUUCUCGACCUGAAAACGAUUGUGCGGCCCCACCACAACAACAAUAAGGCGGACACCACAUCGCUAAACAGCAGCAGCACCAUGAUGAUGGCCUCGGUUGGGGGUCCCGGUGGUGGUUCGAUUCCGGGUACUCCAGGCGGAGUGCACGGCUCGAUGGGGAUGCUGGGUGCUGGCGGGCAACAUCAUUUGAUGGAUCCAAUGACUGCGUCCGGCAUUGUCCUACCCAAGACCUCCCAUGUGGCGCGCUCCAAUUCGCUGCGGAGCUCGAGUCCGCCGCGUGUGCGUCGCGUGGCCAAUGUACCACCCUCCGUUCCCGAGGAGGAGUCGUCGUCGACGGCGGCGACAACAACAACAACGCCAGCGACGGGCUUCAAGCCUCAGCCGCCUCUGGGCCAUCCAAUGCUCUAUUCCAGUCAGAAUGCGCACGUCAAUGGAGCGGCCACAGGUCCGCUGGCCGUGCGAACGGAUCAGGGCGCGAAUAUGCAGUACCGAGCCAUGGGAGGCGUCGGACCGCCGGGCGCCAUCCCGCAACAGACAUCGCCUGUGGGCUCGGUGGCCAGCGGAACGCGAUCCACCCACUCACACACGAACAACGGAAACAGUACCGGCUUCCCACUGUAUCCCCCCGCUUCACAGGCGCACCAGCCAAAGUCCGUGGGCGUGGGCGACCAGAAUCAGAAUCCCUUGCAUAGCCACGCCCAGACGCAUCCGCACCCACAUCAACAUCCACACAACCAUGCCAAGUCGGCGUCCCGUGCCUCCAGCUCAAGCGGCGGGGCCAGCAGUGCCACCCUGGCCGCUUCUCAGGCGUCCGCCCAGCAGCAGCCGAAGCAGGAUCAGCGACUGACCCACGAACAAUUUCGGGCCGCCCUCCAAAUGGUCGUCUCCGCUGGCGAUCCGCGCGAGAAUCUUGAUCAUUUCAACAAAAUCGGCGAGGGAUCUACGGGCACCGUCUGCAUAGCCACCGACAAGUCCACAGGUCGCCAGGUGGCCGUGAAGAAAAUGGACCUGCGCAAGCAGCAACGACGCGAGCUGCUCUUCAACGAGGUGGUCAUCAUGCGGGACUACCAUCAUCCAAAUAUCGUUGAGACAUACUCCAGCUUUCUGGUCAACGACGAGCUCUGGGUUGUUAUGGAGUAUCUGGAGGGCGGCGCCCUCACCGACAUUGUCACCCAUUCGCGCAUGGAUGAGGAGCAGAUUGCCACUGUCUGCAAGCAGUGCUUGAAGGCUUUGGCCUAUUUGCACUCACAGGGUGUCAUCCAUCGAGACAUCAAGUCGGACUCCAUACUACUGGCCGCCGAUGGACGGGUGAAGCUGUCGGACUUUGGAUUCUGCGCCCAGGUGUCGCAGGAGCUGCCCAAACGCAAAUCGUUGGUGGGCACACCCUACUGGAUGUCGCCGGAGGUGAUUUCACGCCUGCCGUAUGGUCCCGAGGUGGACAUCUGGUCGUUGGGUAUCAUGGUCAUUGAAAUGGUGGACGGCGAGCCACCAUUCUUCAACGAACCGCCGCUACAGGCGAUGCGUCGCAUCCGGGACAUGCAGCCACCGAAUCUGAAGAAUGCCCACAAGGUCUCGCCACGUCUGCAAUCGUUCCUCGAUCGGAUGCUGGUGCGUGACCCGGCUCAGCGGGCCACCGCCGCCGAGUUGCUGGCCCAUCCGUUCCUGCGCCAGGCGGGGCCGCCCUCGCUGCUGGUCCCACUCAUGCGCAACGCGCGACACCACUCAUAG